CGCCACACUCAAUUUCAAUUGAGAAAAUGUUAAAGUCAAGGGAGAAAACAACAACAACAACCACCACCACCACCACUCUUCACAAUUCUUACAUUUGCUUGUUGUGUUUAUGUGAGGAUCUGCUGCUCUUUUUUUUCCCAUUUAAUUUCACUUUUCAUUAAAUUUAAAAGAAAAUUUAAUGUAUCUGUGUUGAUAGUGGUGGUGGUGGCGGUGUGUUGUUAUUCAUCAUCAUCUUGAAUGUUUACCAUUGAUAAUCAACAUCAUUUUGUUGUUGUUGUUAUACCGUCGUAUUUUUGUGCUGUUUGGUUGUUCAACAAACAACAUUGAAAACAUAGUCCUAAAAAAAUCGAAAUCAUCAUCAUAGUUUUAUUCUUUUUGUGAAAACAAACUUUUUUUAAUUAAUUGAAAAUUAAGAUUCGAUUGAAAAUAUUGAUUAUGAUGAUUUAAUCAUUUUCAGCUGAUGAUCGAUAACUUGUCAACCAACGUAGUGUUUGUUGUCAUUUGGUUUUUGGUAUUUUUCUGUUUUGAUUUUAGAAAAUAUGUGACGCCGAUAAACAUAGAAUUUUUCUAAAGAAUCUUAAACGAAAAAAAAACAACCACUAUUUCAGUAAAAACAAUGCCAUCCGCUACUAAACAAGAACUUCAUUUAGCCAAAUCAUUGGAUGAAUUGAAAAAAAGAUCCGAAAUACCAAAAUUUGGUAAAACUAAUAUCGAAAGAAUAAUUGAAUUUGCAAAUAAAUUUUAUCGUGAAGCAAUCAAUCAUCAACAUAAAGGUGAUAGUGAACGUGCCUAUUUAUUUUACUAUCGUUUUUCAACAUUACUUAGUUAUAUACAUAAUGAAAAUGAUAAACAAAAAUUUUUAUUAGCUGUUGGUAAUAAAGCAAAAGAAGUAUUGGAACAGAUGCAAUUUUUAUCGGAUGAAUUAUCGGAACGUUAUGCUGAAAAACAAAAAUCCUAUGAAGAUCGUAAAGCACAAUUAUUUAAACAACCAAUAUCGAUACCUGGAAAUGCUGUUAAAAUUGAUCCUAUCAAUGAUGAUAUUCAUAUGGAUGAUGAUGAUGAUGAUGAUGAUGAUUGUUAUCGUUCGAUUGAUUGUAAACAAUUAAUUCAACAUAUACAAUCAAUGUCUGAAAUAAAUAAAAUUUUAAUAAUCGAUAUACGUUUGGUGGAACAAUUUUCCGAAUCAUCAAUUGCAGCAAAUAAACUAACAACCAAUGGAGAGAUUAAUAUUAUAAACAUUCCGGAAAAUUUAAUACAAGCCGGUUUAACAUUAUCACAAUUGAAAAAGAAAAUAUCAUUCGGUAUUGUACAAGAUGGUAUUGAACGUAGACGUUCAAUGGAUAUGGUUAUUAUUGUUGAUGAUAAAACAAAUGAAUUUGAUAAAAAAUUUAAAUGUUGUUUGUUGGCCGAUGCUUUUUGGAAGUGGGAUCAAUCACCUGAUAAAAUUAAAAAUAAACCAUUAUUAUUAAAAGGUGGUUAUAGAGAUUUUAUACUUACUUAUCCAAUGUAUACAACAAAUCCUAAUUCAAUAACAAAUUAUGAUCAAACAUCAUUAUCAUCAUUCGAUAAACCUAAACCACAAUUGAAUUUUUAUAAUUUUUAUGAUGAAGAUAAUAAUGAUAAUAAUAAACCAACAUCAACAUCAUCAUCAUCAAUAAUAAUUAAUAAUGGACCAUCAUCAAUUAUGUCACCAACAUUGAAUGAAAAUAAUAAUGAUAAAUCGAUAAAAAUACCGGGUAUUGCACGACCAAUCAUACCAGAUCGAUCAUCAAAACCGAUUCGUGAAAAAUUACCAUUAAAUGAUAGUACAAAUCAAACGAUAAUAAAAUCUGUCAUAUCGGAAAAAUCAGAUAUGAAAAUUAAUUCAAAUAAUCAAUUACCUAUAGCCAACAAUCGAACAAAUCUUCCACCUAAACCAGCUCAUUUACUUACUUCAUUACAGAAUGGAACCACCACCACCACCACCAAAACAAAUGGCAUUCUGGGCAAUAAUCAAGGUGAUAAACAAAUUUUUGACAAUGAUGAUGCUGAUGGAUUUACUGUUGGUAAAUUGAAUGAUUCAGAUAUGAUGAUUGAAACAAAAUCAAAUGUACGUGAACAAAAUAUUGAAGUAUUUCCAAUGGAUGAAGAAAUGUCCGAUUAUGAAAAUAAUCAUCAAAAUCACAAUCAAAAUGAUAGCGAUUCAGAUAAUGAAUCGAUAACAAAUUCUAUAUCAAAACCAAUUGAAAUGAAUAAUAUUAAUAAUAAUAAUAAUAAUAACAAAAAUGAUCAUCAUAAUAAUCAACCAUUCUCAUCUGGUAGUCUAUCACGAUCAUUAUCAUCACCGAAUAUUGCUCAAUUUGAACAAAAUUUUCAAUAUAAUGAUACAACAAGUCCGUUAACGAAUUCAAUUAGUCCGAAAUUUUCAACACAAACACCAUUGGUUGAUCGAUCAGCAAAACCAUCAUUUGCAAAUAAUCUUUCAAGAAAAACUCGUGAUUUUAGUCCACAAUUUAGUUCUUGUGCAAGAAUUGCUGGACUAAGAAAUCUAGGCAAUACAUGUUUUAUGAAUGCAAUCAUUCAAUGUUUGAAAAAUACAAAAGAAUUUUAUGAAUUUUUAAUUGCCGGAAAUGUUCAUAUAAAUCCAAAUUCAAAAUUUGGUUCAAAUGGUGAACUAACCGUUGAAUUAAUCGAAUUAUUCAGACAGAUGCGUUAUCCAUCCAAUUUUAAACAUAUUUCACCAAAAGAUUUUAAAUGUGCUGUUAGUCGUCAUAUACCUGAUUUUAUUGAUUAUAAACAACAAGAUGCACAUGAAUUUUUAGUUCGACUUUUAGAUCGAUUACAUGCCGAUUUAAAUCGAAGUAAACCAGAUAAUCAGAUUAAUGAUCCAAUUUCAAAAGAUCCAAAUUUUUAUGAUAAAUUAUCAAUAGCUGAUGCAGCCAAAACAUUUUGGUCAUUACAUAUACGACGAAAUAAUUCAUUUAUAAGUGAUAUAUUUGAAGGUUUAAUUGUUAGUACGUUAACUUGUCUGCAUUGUCAAACAUCAUCAAAAUCAUUAGAAGCAUUUACAUGUCUUACAUUACCAAUACCGGAAAAUGUUGGCCGUACAACAUUACAAAAUUGUAUUAAUCUAUUUGUACGUGGUGAAUUAUUAUCGAAUGAAGUUGCAUGGCAAUGUCAAUCUUGUAGACAGAAAAGAAAUGCACAAAAAUGUACAUAUAUUUGGCGAUUACCACGUAUUCUGAUUAUUCAUUUAAAAAGAUUCACAUAUGAUGGAAUGUGGCGACAAAAAAUAUCAACGUUUGUUGAUUUUCCUAUUGAACAUUUAAAAAUUGAAACAGCUAAUAAUGAAAUACGUUUAUUUAGUCUUUAUGGUGUUGUUAAUCAUUUCGGAUCAUUAGAAGGUGGUCAUUAUGUUGCUUAUUCAAGAAAUCGUGAAUUAAAUAUUGAUUGGCAUCGUUAUGAUGAUCAAGAUGUAUCACCAAUGUCAUCCGGGGAUGUUGUUACACAAAAUGCCUAUGUUUUGUUUUAUAGAUCCGUUUGAAUCAAUGAUUUUUGAUUGAAUUAAACGAGCUAAAUAAUGGUAAAACUCCUAUGUUUUAAAAACA